AUGUUUGAUCCACCGGCUUACCCGUCUCUCUUCCGUGCCGGGGCGGAGAUCCCUCCGUUCUACAUGAAAUAUCGCUGGUGGGAAGAUGAGGCCAUGACGAUGUUGUGGGCCUUUGACAUCCAAGAGAUCAAACGGGCGAUCCGCUUCGGCCUCUUCCGAGACGAGAGUCUCCCUCGAACCGCCUUCCAGAAUCGCAAUGCCAGUGCCAUUGACGCCUUCUUAUCGGAGCUGGUCGAGCCCCAUGAGAGGGCCUUCAUCAACAACCUCUCCCACAUCCAGAAGGUGGAGGAGAUCCUGCGCCGGUGCAGGAAGGCAGACCCUGCGCUGGCAACGUGGAGUUGGUUUCCUGCGCAAGGGAACCGGAACAUGACUGCUAUCGGCAUUGCCGAAGACCUCGACCAUGAAAGCCAUCUGCAUUUCACCCGGAUCCCCUUCGAAGAGCUGGUGCGUUACUCGCUGGGCUACUCAGCCCUCUCAGUGGAGUGGUUCCUGCAACAGCAUACCGCGUUGCAUAUUCACUUACUGCACCAUCUUCAGGCAUUUCCGGAGGAAGUGACACUGUAUGUCGAGGUGGAACAGCAUCUUCGCAGCCGGAGCCCCUUUGCUCAUCGAGCUGUGGUGGCUUGUCUGCGUGCUCUUCGAGGCGGGCAGAUCGUGGCGAGUCCCACGACCCCAGGUUUCGAGUUCAUCGCCGGUCCGAUCCAGGAGUUGUUCAAAGAGAUCUCGCCCAGCUUAAAAUCUAUUCUGAAAGUGCUAUGCGUCUCGGCCGUGCGUUACAAGCAGGCAUACGUGCAUACGCGGCACAUGAACUGGACUCGACCCUUCAAGCUCAACUUGGCGUUCUUGGAAGACUUGACGGCGUCGACCUCGCCGCUGGACUUUGCCCGUACGAUGGCCCAUAUUGAUGAGGGGUAUCUCACGGGGCUCUCGCAGAAAAGCUUCGUGGAGCCAGGACCGGUGGUCAAGCGGGUAUUCACAGAAUGGGAGCUGUUAAGUAUAGCGGUGUGGGAGUGUUGUACAGCGCUUCCCGAAUUGGUGGGCUACAUCCAGGAAUGUGUACAGGCUCUACUGAUGGUGCGGAACUACCACUCCCUCACAGCUAUCAUCGACGGUCUCCGAAAGUACAGCAUCAGCACAUCCACUAGUGUCCCUUCCACCCAUACGGCCCCUUUCAUGCUCCCUCCCGACUUCGAGCUUCUGUUGGACCCUUCUGAAAACUUCGUCGCCUACCGACAAGCAUUUACCACCAACCCGGGCGUGCCCUUCCUUGUCCCUCAUAUCCGCGAAUACCAGCAACAUGGCCAACCGGCCUUGCAGCAGCUCUUCCAGCACAUGCGGCCGUCUCCUCUGCGCUCAUGA